UCCAAUAUGGAGGCCCUGAGUAAAGGCCGAGAUAUAAGCCUCUCUGCUUUGAAGCAAAAUGAUCCUUUCAUCUCAAGUAUCGUUGAUGUGACCAGCCAAGUUGCGUUGUACACUUUUAACCCAAAGGCUAGUGAGUGGGAGAAGACUGAUGUAGAAGGUACUUUGUUUGUAUAUACCAGGUCAGCAUCUCCUUACCAUGGCUUUACAAUCAUGAAUCGACUUAACAUGAAAAAUUUAGUUGAACCCAUCAACAAAGAUCUUGAGUUUCAACUCCAAGACCCAUUUCUUCUCUAUAGAAAUUCAAACUUGUCCAUUUACAGCAUCUGGUUUUAUGACAAGAAUGACUGUCAACGAAUUGCACAACUCAUGUCAAAGGUAGUACAAAUGGAAGCACAGCGAGCUCAGCAAGAAUCUCCAGGGAGAACCACUCCAAACAAGCCCAGUGGAUAUGAUGAAGAAAAUCCUAUUGACAUCUUAGACAUGCUUUGCAGAGCCAAGGAAGAGUAUGAACAAACAUGUCAAUUUGGUGACUCCAGUAUCUUAUCAAGUUCUCCAGGCAUACACAACUCUGUAGGCCUAGCAGUGAAAAAGUCAAUAGACGAACCCACCUCCUCUCCAGCCCAGCACCACAACAAGCAUAUUCUUUCAGGUACCAAACAUUUGACAGUAGAGGAGUUAUUUGGAACACCUGUUUCAAAAGAGCAUUUAAUGAAUUCUAACCAAGAAAUAUUAUUGACAACGCAGCCAGACACCAAAUUAAGAAGUCAAAACUUAGGUUUGCUAUUCCCUUAUGAACAUGCGACAGAACUUAAGCAGUUGGGAAGCCCUGACAGUCUAAAUAAUAAAAUCAACUUUUCCCGAUCAAAUUACCAAGAAGAUGCUGCACAAGUGUUGAUGACACCAGCUGCUCUCCAAAAAUCUGAUGUAAAAACCAAUCCUUUGUACAAUAUUUCUGCCAGUCCCCUCUUUCAAUCUUCGCUAACUUUUGAAGCUACUUCUAAUCAGAGUGUAGCCACCAUCAACACGAAUAGCCACAGUCAGAAUUUGCAACAAGAAGUCAAAACAGUAUCACCACUGAUGUGCCCAGCUUCUUCUGAAAUAACAUGCACUAACCAGAACCUGCCUUCAGGAAGUAAUCCAACUCCACAGAACAGCUCUGGUGAAAGAAGCACUUCAGAUAUUGGAUCUCAAGGUCAUGAGCUGCUUCAGAAACUCAAACUGACACAACAGCAUGAUCAGCAGCAUCUCGGCAAACCAUCAUUAGCGGCCAAUUUUUCUCCAAUACUUGUUACACCAGAAAGUUUUAAAGAACCAAACGUAAGGACCACAGAAACUUCAUUACAGGUGGUUCUCACACCAACUACCACCUCCUCAGUUGGUCCAUCCAUGCUUUUGUCUCCUGGUAUGUUCAAGCAUUCAACCGGAAUGAUUUCAGAAACUGAAAGGAAAUACGGUUCAACUUCCCCUUUAACAUUGGCAUCAGAAUCUCGAUCUUCACCGCUACCAACUGUUCUCAGUAAGACUCAGCUUCAGGAAGCAUUAACUCAUCUAAUAAAGAAUGACUCUGAUUUUCUGAACACAAUCCAUGAAGCCUAUCUACAAAUUCUUCGAAAGAAUGUAGGUAAUAUCAAAUUAUGAAGAACAACCUACUUUGAACUACAGGAGUAACAGGUCUUCACAAGUACAAAUAAUGCAAAUUGCUGUACUGAGCAACAUUAUACUGUGAGAAUACAACUUUACUUCACGAUACUAAUUGUCUUGACUUCUACAUUUGUAUUUUGUGAGCAUCAGUCUUUGUUUACAUCUAAAAGGUAUUACUGUAUUUUCAGUUUAAAUAUCAUAAGCACUUCUCAAAAUAUUUGGUAAAACAGAUGUGUGUGUGUAUAUAUUAUACA